GGUACCAAACAGCUGAUUAUCUGACGGGGAGUCUUUCAUCACGCAAUAGUCACAGGAGUGCCCAAUUUUUCCCCUAUUUUCCUCCUCCAGAAGGCGUAAGAGAGCUACCCUCGCCUCCGCUGGACACGAGGGGCUUGUGGGCGUGCACAGGUGAAGAUGUGGCGUUAGAGGGCCCAGCAUCACCAGCAGCGACGACAUACGGACUGACAUCACCAUGGCGGGGAACACUCGCCAUGUGGUCAAUAUGGCGAAUUCUGUAGUGGGAGUGUCAAUUCUCUCUAUGCCAUACUGUUUUAAAGAGUCCGGCCUACUACUUGGUGUCCUGAUGGUCCUAUUUAGUGGAUUUGUCACCAAGAAGACUUGUAUGUUGGUGCGUGCGGCAACGAUGGCUAGGCACCACAGUUAUGAGUUCUUGGCCUUCCACGUGUUUGGGGUGCGGGGGAAGCUGGCGGUGGAGCUGUGCAUGAUCCUCUUUCUCAUUGGGAUCUGCAUCUCCUUCCAUGUGGUGAUGGGGGACCUGGCACCCGCAUUGGUCUCACAAGUCUUCGAGCUCCACAAUACUCCGUCACUGAGAGCCACACUGCUGCUGGGCAUAGCGGUGUUGGUGGUGUUGCCCCUGUGUCUGCUAAGGAAAUUGGACAACCUUGCAUCGAUGUCAGCCUGUUCCAUUCUCUUCUACUUUUUCCUCAUCACUGUGAUCUUUUGGCAUGCCUUCCCCCGGCUGGUGGAUGGGUCCUGGUACCACUUAGCAAGACUGUGGCGGCCCUCAGGUGUGCUACAGGUGUUUCCCAUAUGUAUGCUGGGGUUGUCCUGUCAAAGCAACGUGUUUGAGAUCUACGACUCGGUCCAGGAUCCAGAUGUCCCCAAAAUGAGGUCGGUUGUGAACAGCGCUUUAAAUUUGUGCUGUGCUCUUUAUAUUUCCGUCGGCUUCUUUGGCUACAUCGCGUUUGUGGACCAAGACAUGGCUGGUAACAUCAUCAUGAACCUUCCUCCCACACCACUGACAGAGGGGAUCAAAUUGUUCUUCACCGCCUCCCUGGCAAUAAGCUUUCCCCUCAUGAUCUUCCCCUGUCGAACCUCCAUACACUCCCUCUUCUACAGCAGGGGCACACAGGGGCUGGUGGGGAGCUACAUGCCCGAGGCGCGGUUCAAGGGCAUAACGGUGUGCAUUCUGGCGAUCAGUCUGGUGGUCGGCAUCCUCAUCCCGAAUAUUGAGUUUGUGUUGGGAAUGCUUGGGUCGACAAUGGGGGUGGUCAUCUCACUGGUGUUGCCCUGCGUCAUGUUUAUCAAGGUCAACUCAAAGGCUUCCGUGGAGAGACUUGUGGCGCAGGGCAUAAUGCUGAUGGGUGUGGUGCUGAUAGUGAGUGGCACAUACCUGAACCUGACCCACACGGAGGUGGCGGCAGUGAGGGGGAUGGAGGGGGGAGUGCAGCCCGUCAUCGCCGUGCCCCCCGCCCUGCUGGGGGAGGGCCUGCUGCUGGAGAAAGAGGGCGGCGGCGUGGGUGUGAGGCGGCACGACCCGGCCCCUGCUGGUGUGGAGGAGGGCCGGCCGGCACCCUUGGAGGACCUGGCCACCCGCAAGGAACCUGUGGCCCCUGAGCCACCCCCGGAGGACCUGGCGGCAGCGGCAGUGGCAGCCAAGGCAGCGGUGGAGCGUGAGGCAGGGAAGGAGGCAGCGAGGGAGGGCGGGGCAGGGGGGGACUCACUGCACCCUGACGCCAUACAGAAGGAGGAGAAGGAGGCACACCGGGAGGGUGGCGGCGGCGGCGGUGGUGGUGGUAGUGGGGUGGCGGCGGGGGCGCGGGUGGAGUACAAGCAGCAGGAGUUGCUGAAGAAGAUUGAGGUGCAGCACCAGGAACAGCAGAAGAUCCUGGCAGAGCAGAAACAGAUCCUGCAGGAACUCAAGGACCAGAAGGCACAGCAGGAACUGCAGGACAGCCUGCGUGCUGCCGCCGCACCACAGCAGCCCAACGCUGCACAACAGAUGCCCAACGCUGCUGCUGCACCCCAGCAGCCCAACGCUGCUGCACCCCAGCUGCUUAAUGCACCACCACCACAGCUAGCCAAUGCUGCACCACAACUCCCUGCCGCAGCACCACAGCAGCUUGUUGCCGCAGCACCACAGGCUCCUGCUGCUGCUGCACCACAGCAGUUUGUUGCUGCAGCACCACAGCUCCCUGCUGUUGCACCACCACAACUACUCAAUGCUGUGCCACAGCAACCUGUUGCAGCAGCACUACAGCAGUCUGCUGCUGCGUACCAGGCUGUUCCUGCAGCAGCACCAGUAGCACCACAACAGCUUGUAGCAGCAGCACCACAGCAGCCUGCACCAGCAUUACCACAGCAGCCUCUUGCAGCAGCAGCACCACAGCAGCCUGUUGCACCAGCAGCACCACAACAGCCUGUUGCAGCAGCAGCACUACCACAGCAGCCUGUUGCACCAGCAGUACCACAGCAGCCUGUUGCAGCAGUAGCACUACCACAGCAGCCUGUUGCAGCAGCAGCACUACCACAGCUGCCUGUUGCAGCAGCAGCACUACCACAGCAGCCUGUUGCAGCAGCAGCACUACCACAGCAGCCUGUUGCAGCAGCAGCACUACCACAGCAGCCUGUUGCAGCAGCAGCACUACCACAGCAGCCUGUUGCAGCAGCAGCACUACCACAGCAGCCUGUUGCAGCAGCAGCACCAGCAGCACACGAGCCUGUGGCAGCAGCACUACAACAAUCUGCUGCUGCAGCACCAGCAGCACAGCAGCCUGUUGCACCAGCACUACCACAGCAGCCUGUAGCAGCAGCACCAGCACAGCAACCUGUAGCAGCAGCACCAGCACAGCAGCCUGUAGCUGCAGCACCAGCACAGCAGCCUGUAGCAGCAGCACAGCAGCCUCAGCCUGUGGCACCAGCAGCAGCACAGCAGGGGUCAGCUGUGGGUGGUGUGGGUGGCAAGGCUGUGGUGUCUGUGGGUGCUGUGCCGAGCAGGUCCACCGCAGCGGUGCAGCACAAGGCAGCGGCACCACAGCUGCCACACUACCCCGGGGUGGGCCGCGGGGAGGAGGCGGCCCAGCGUGGCCCCCAGGCCUACCUGGAGAAGCCCGGCACUGCAGGCCGCCCGCCCGCCCCCGCCCUGCCCCCUGUGGACCUCAAGACAGCACCGGCGGCGGCAGCGGGGCUCAGCGAGGCGGCCUAUGAGUCCAGACACCUGCUGUGGGGCAACAGCCGCACCCGCCGCCGCCGCCGUGGUGGGCAGCGUGGCGGUGACGAGGAGUACUGGGAUGAGACCUAGACGUGUGUGUGUGUGUCCACCACACCACACUCCACUCCACUCCACUCCACUCCACUCCAGUGUUCCUCACCACACAGUCAGUCAGUCAGUCAGUCAGUGAGUCAGUCAGUGAGUGAGUGAGUGAGCGCUACACUCACACCCCACACACCAAUACUUACACCCCACACCCACCCCCCAACCCCAUCCCACCCACUCCCAUGCUGAACCACACUUAGACACUACUUAUACACACACACACACACACACACACACACACACACACACACACACACACACACACACACACACACA